AUGGCGGGGCCGGGCAGCGACGGGGACCUGCGGCGCCUGCUGAAGCUGCACCGCACCGAGAUCGCCAUGGCAGUGGACGACGUCUUCCCACUGCUGCAUGGGCUGGCUGACCACGAUGUCGUCCCUGAGCACGUCUUCAAGGAGACGCUGAGCCGGACGGAGCGGGAGGGCUCCCACCGCGCCUUCCACGCGCUGCUCACCUGGCUGCUGGGCCGCGACACCGCCGCCCUCCGCGACUUCUGGGCCGUCCUCUUCAAGGACUACAACCUGGAGCGGUACUCCCGGCUCCGGCCUCUCCGCGGCGCCUUCCCCAGAGAGGUGGAGCUGGGGCGGCAGCGCCGCGGAAGGCGUCUCUCCCCGAGCCCCACAGCACCGGCCUCACACAGACCCCAAGGCAAGAGGAAAGCCCCUGAGGAUCGGGACAAAGCCCGGGCGGCACAGCCCGCUCCACGGCACAGCAACAGUCCUGGUAUGGGGACGGGGCAGGGGCCCCUGGUGAAGGCAAAGACUGUGAAGAAGCCAGAGGGCACAGAUACCCCCCGCACCUCUCGUGCCAGCGCCGUGGGCAGGGGCCUGCCCACCCCAGUGAGCCUCUCCCCGGCUGCAGCCCUCCAGGCUGUGGCAGCCUCGGUGCAGAGAGCGGUGGCCGUGGCAAGUGGUGAGGUGCCUGUCAGCCGUGGGGCCAUCGAGGGCAUCCUCAUUAAACACGUGCUGGAUCCGAGUAGCUCCAAGACAGGCAGCAGAGCUGCGGACGAGCCAUAUACCCCAGCUGCCUGUGAGGAGCCAGAGGCCAGGAGCAGAAGCCACAGCCUGAAGACCCCUGCCCAGCCCAAGGCAUGCCAAAGUAACAGAGAACCCCAACUGCACACCCAGGGGCAGCUGCCAGCAGCCACUGUGUACAGCCAGGAGACUGUGCCCCACCAGGAGAACGAGGAUGAGUGUGCAGCAUGUGGUGAUGGUGGUGAGCUCAUCUGCUGUGACGGCUGCCCCAGGGCCUUUCACCUUGCAUGCCUGGUGCCCCCACUGCCCCACGUGCCCAGCGGGACAUGGCGAUGUGGCUCCUGUGUGGAGAAUGUGACUGAACCGGGCCAGCUGCUGGAGGCAGUCUUGCCUGUAGAGAGACCCUCCGAGAUCCUAGGGGAGGCAGCACAGAACACCCAGCCAGGUGGAGCUGAGGGGAGCGUCUGCAGCCGCUGCUACAGCCAGAUCCCCACUCCCCGACACUGUCCUGCUCCCAGUGGGGACCCCAGGGGGCUGCUGCUGUGCAUGUCCUGCACAGGCACCCUGGAUGCAGGCAGCCUGGGCACCACCACAGCAGCUGGAGACCAACUGCUUCCGGCAGCCAAGGCAGAGGAUGGAGCCCUUAGCAGUGACCCUGUGCUGAGCCGGGAUGAGCUCGAUGCGCUGCUAGGUGAGAGCACGUGGGAUGGGAUCUUGCAGUGGGCAUUCCAGACCAUGGCACGGCCGCUCACAGAAACACAGGGGCUCCUUGCAUAG